UUUUCGACUUAGUGGUAGGUAUUGUACAGAUGUGAUUGAGAUUCACUAUUCAGAUUUGAAAUUAGUAAAAAACGUAUAAAAAUGGACACUGGCACAUAUCCAGAAAAUCCGUGGAAACGCAAAUCGCUAUUGGAGCAGCUUCUGAAAAGAUUCUCGGACGCACAUAAAGUAGAGUGCAUGGCAGUUCCUCUGGACGUUCCCCUGGUGCGUCGCUCGGUGCAACAGUUCCCGACCGGGAGCCAGUACGAGGGAACCUGGGACACGCUCGGCAUGAGCGGCCACGGGACUUAUACGUUUCCUAAUGGAGUGAUCUACACCGGCGAGUUCGACGACGGUGAGUUCCACGGUCUCGGAGAGCUUAUCUACCCGAGCGGGGUGAGGGUGCGGGGUCGCUGGGCUCGGGGGGAGGUGAUUGAGACGAAGCUGGUUUUCGCUGACGGGGUGGAGCAUGAAGAAGGGUGGAAGUAUUGUAAGAUGCCGGACCGCAGGUUUUCAGUAGAGCAUCAGCACGGCCUCCGUCCGGCGGGCCGCUCGUAUCUGACGGCGGACCAGCCGACCCGGGACAUACCACCCGGCUGCUAUGACACAGGGGAUGGAUUCUACGAUCCGGACAUCCGCGCCGUGAGCAAGCCUGACGAUGUGACGUCUAUUAUCAGAUCCGCAUCCCAACUGGAACACAAGUGGAUCACAGACAACUGCCGACGCAACCCGCUGCCUCACGUCGGCGCUAUCCCAGCCCUGUACGAGGAGUGGUCAGCUCCGACCCUGGCGCCGCAGCCGCCGCCAGCUGACGCCGCCGCCGCGCCGGAAGAUGCAGAGAUCAAGAGCCAGAGCGGGGCAGAGAUUGAAAUUGCUCGUGAGUCUCUGAUUGAGGAGUCUGAAGAUUUCAUAGAGUGUGCCUGUCAACAUACACCUGAACAGGAUAAGGAAAUUGAACAUGAUUCAGUGGUUGCAUCAGGAGGAAGUGAAAAGGAAGAGACUCAAACUGAAAUGAUGGAUAACGAAACAAUUGAAUGUGACGAAUGCUAUUACUACGAUCCAUAUGAACCCACUACAGCUAAGGAACUAAGCGAUGCAACCCUACCUCAUGAAACGGUCGAUACUGAAACCAUAGAGUGUGACGAAUGCACUGAAUAUGAACCCUAUAAGGAGGGCUUGCCGGAAAGUCAGCCAGUGAUAGUUCAGGCUGAAGUUCCUAAGGUGGUGAUCUGUGAGCCCUGCGCAGAAACUGAUUGAACUUUACCCCUGCGCAGUUUUACACUGACGGGAUUUUAUUUUAUAAUUUGCUGACCUAUUCAUUACAUAUGUAAUAUUCUUUAUUAAUAAUAAAGUAUUACUUAGAA